AUGCAAGCACUUACCAACAAAAGUAUGAGUCUCACAACUGCGCUCGGCGUUUUAUCGUUGCGGUUGGUUUCCUACUCUAACCCGGAAGGAAAGACGACAGACGGAAGCUGUUGUGAACACAUAUUUGCCAUAUUUGGUUGUGCAUCUGGUGACUGCGAUCCUAGCUUCACAAUCUGCAUCCACGACAGCACACAGGCGGGGUCUUGUUCCAAUCUUCAGUAUCGAGUCGGUCCCUAUGACAACACCGGGUCAGUUUCGUUUGGGCCUAAGGUUGGGGCGUUGGACAAUCCGAUACAAGUGCAGUUUCAAAUCUGGAAGAGUCAGUUUUCGGUCAGCAUUGAUGUCUAUGAUGAUGAUUCUGACGGAGGUCAUGAUCAGGUAGGAACGAUAAUUCUUACACCGAGUGACGUCCCUGGUUAUAACGGCAGUAACACCGCUUACACAGAGACUCUCCAAGGAGGAUACGCGAGGCUUCAGGUACAAUACGAUAUCCAUUGCUUAGUGAACUACUACGGGAAGGAUUGCGCAAAGUUAUGUGAGCCUGACAGGACGCACUAUGUCUGUGAUGGUCAGGGAAACAAAGUAUGCCUAUCAGGUUGGACCGGAAACAAUUGUUUAACCAGCAUCGAUGACUGCCAGGAUUCGUUCUGUUUAAACUCUGCAACUUGUGAGGACCUCCAUAAUGCCUACCGCUGCCAUUGUUCUGAAUAUUAUACAGGUAGUCGAUGUGAAAUAAAGACCUCAAAAGAAAACGCUGUGAAUGAAUCUGCACAUAUUUACACUUCUGAAAGUACAGAUGAAACGACGGAAGAGCCAGACGAGACGGGAGUAACAAUAACAAUAGACAAUUAUUCCUCGACACAGCAAUCUUUGGAUCAUAUUAACAUGUUUUCAACGAGUGUGACAAAUCCAAUAGAAGAAAUAUCGAGUAUGCAAACGGGCACUGAAUUAAACCCGGUGAAUUCUUCAGAGUUUACUUUCUCGCCAGUAAAUGAAAUUACAGUGACGCAUUAUGAAGAAGUGACGGGAAUUUCGACUCUUUAUGGCAUGGAAGUUAUAUCCAGUUCAAACGAGGCUACCGGCGAAAACCAUUCUUCUAAUUUGAUGGAAGUUACAGAUGUACCAAAUGGAACCUCACCAAAUGAAAAUUUUGAAACAUCUACAUUUGACAAAACAGAUGAUUUAACAGAACCACACAGUACGACUGACAAUAUCCAGUUGAUAGAAAACAAUUACACUGCUGUCGAUAUUGACAUCACAACUAAGACAGUCCCCAUAGAAAUAAAUGAAACUUUAUUCUCACAUGAAUUAACUUUUGCCUCCCAUCCGCUUCCAACGGAGACAAUGUCGACAGAGGUGUUGGGGAACAUUGAUUUAAGCUUUCCUUCUAAUGCUGGAUUUGUCACAGAAUCAACGAAAACAAAUACCUAUAGUGCUAGUUUCAAUUUCGCCUUGUCUACAGAGCUGCUGGAAAUGGGUGAAUCAUCGACAAUGUCGAUCCAAACAGAAUUAUCAGGAACGGAAGAAGUGCGGCAAAAUGAAAGUACAAAUGAGUUUUCUUCUCAAGAUCUAUUCGAAGCAAGUACCAACAGAUUAGAUGUUUCCUCAACCGAUACUGAUUUUCAGUUUUCAUAUAUAGUUCCAGAUAACAUAACUUUUACACCUGAUGAAAUGUCGACCACAUUGAACCCACUGUUUUCUGAUAGAGUGACUGAAGAAACAAGGAAAACGGAAUCUGGACUGGAAAUAGUUUACCCAACUUCUGUCACAAAUUUGUCAACAGUUUUGGGAGUUACUAUAGAGCAAACAACUAACGAUGUUGCGACUUUAACGACGGAUCUUUCUGGUUCUGAAGUGACGUCAGUAUCUCGUGCAGAAUCGUCAUCUAAACCUAGAUCGACAGACAGCCAAGCUUCAUCACCUCUCAUUAUGACGUCUACAGAGGGAAGUAGCCUCGAAAUAUUUACGAGUACAAUGGAUAUGUUAAAUUUAUCUCCGGUAACUAAUACAAAAGAGACAUCGUCUAAUUCGAAAGGAUCUACAAAUACAUUUCCGUUCCACACAACUGAUAAUGAUAGAAGUUUUACAAGUCCAUCUUUGCCGAAUCUAAUUCGGGAAACAGUGGACACGGGUUCAACCUUUACAUCUAGCGACAACGCACACAUCCCGUCUCUAAGCACAACAAAUUUACAUGAAAUCGAAAUGGCCUCAACUCAGUCAGUUGUUCUUUCAUCAUCGUCAUCUCAAGAAUUGAAAGAGAUACAAAAUGCUACAAAUGCAAGAACGGAAACAACAAAUACAAAUCCGCCACCAGAAUCGACUUCGAAUACGAUACAGACUUCUUCAGGGACCACUCGAAACGAAAGAACGUCAGAAACUAAAUACAUAAGUUUACCACAACAGACAAAUGCACACACAGAGUCGAGUUCAUUAACAGCUACAAACAAAACCAUGAACACACCACCAACACCUACAAAAGAUGUCGAUCCAUUAGAAACACAAGACAGAUGUAUGUCUUCUGCAAAAAGUAUCGUGGAACAUACAACUUUGCCUAACAUUUCAGAAUCGCAAACGGUAUUCACGGGUGAUAUAUCCUCUAGUGAUUUGAGUGGCCAAUCAACAGCAAGAUAUCCAUCACAAACGUUGUUCGUAAAGACAUCAGAGCAAGUUCAGACAAAUUUUGAAUCAUCUACAUUGUCAAGUAAAUCAACGGAUGAAUCUUCCACGAUUAGACAAAAACCAGCGACACCAUUAUCAGCAACUCCUAAUAUAUCUUCAUUGACUUGCCUGUCAAAAUAUUUUGUGGAUGCCAUAGGAGAACUCGUCAUAGAAGUCAGUAGUGAAUAUGACUUUCCUGUGGUGGAAAAGGAAAUGUUGAAAACUCUUGCAGAAUAUGGCGUAUCUGACAAAGAAGUGAAUUUCAAUUAUACGUCACUGGACAGCAUUCAUAUAGUGUGGCUGAGAUUUAAUUCAAGAACACUACCUCUAAAAAUUCGUGAAAUACAAGAAAUAGCUCUGAAAACAUGCAGAUCUCUACAGUAUCGACUAAAUGACGUAACGCAGCAUGAAUCAAAUAAAGAGCUUUCCUCGGGAGCCGUCGCCGCUAUAACGGUGUCCUUGUUGUAUUUAACAAUGCUGCUCGUCAUUGCUACCAUUCUAAUAUAUAGAAAAUACAAACGAAGAAAUAAAAUUGGAUCCACUUCCCUCCUUUCUGAAAAGACUUGUACAACAAGAGCCACGAUGGAAACGACCCUUGAAACAGAAAGUGAAUGUUAGGAACAGAGACGAAAUCGAUGAUUUAAUUACUUAUGACGUGUGGAAGCUGCAUAAUAGAGUAUUCUCCACAAACUGUCUCUGAACAAGUAAACAUCAUUAUGACGACACUCUCACGACCAAAGUCAUUAAAACUUUAUUUGUGUUU